AUGGUCCAACUCGGCAAGAGAAAAGAGAUGUUUAAGACCAUCGAUACGACAUCCACUAUCAGAUCAAAAAUCGAAAGUAGACCAAGAAGUCAUGAAUGGCGAUUUCGAGAGUCGAUUGGAAACUAUGGCACCUUCGUCAUAGCUGGCGGUUCAAUACUCUCGGUUGUUAUGCUCGGUUUACUCACUAUCCUAUGGACGGGACAAGGUCCUGGGAGCGGCGAGAAUGCUUCACUGCCAUGGCGAAGCAUAGUACUGAGAGGAUGGGCCACCGAAGCUGCUACCUUAUGUUCCCUAGUCAUUCAGGUGUGCACCAGCGCCCAAGCAUUGAUAUGUACUAGCCUGGCGGCGGCGACAUUUCUAGAGACGACUGGUGUACCUCUUUCCCGUGUUGCUGAGUUUUCGACGAUGCGAGGUGCAAAUGAUGGCCCAUGGAGGCUGGUUUACCUCUUAUCUCGUAUUUCAAUCCGAAAUUUUCUGAAUCUUCAACCCCUCUUGGCACUGGUACUCUUUCUCGGUACCAUAGCUACGCAAUUCGGCUCCACGAUACUUGUGACUGAUCUAGACGUCGCUUCGAUAACCGGCAAUCCAAAUCAGACACAACUGAACUUAUCCCUAUCCGACAGCAUACAGCUCUUUUCUCCUACAGAGUCCCAAUGGGAGAUGAAGCCUACGGAUUACUCUUCUUUCGGCGAAAUACCUUCCGGAAUAGACGUGCAACCGACUGCCCGUGGCUUUAGUGAUACUGGCAACAUCAAGAGGAUGUUUCUACCUUUAGAACGUGACAAUAGGACCAAACUUCACCAUUAUAACGGUAACGCAUAUGGUAUCAACUCCAGAGUAUCAUGUGUGGCACCGGUCAUGAGUGGGGAGUUUCAAGCAAUAGAUCCCGGCUCGACACCAAUCCCGUUUCUCUUAACGAUGAUUGGAAAUAUUUCAUACAAGAGUACAUUUAACAACGCUGGCCUUGAUGUGCCGUCCCUGUGUACUGAUGGGAAAUGCCUUCCUGCACAAUUCAAUUGCACUAUGCCUACAGCAGGCUUACCAGGAAGAUUAGGAACGUACAUGUGUAUACCUGAUUUGACGAAUGUUAUUGACGCCGAGAAUUUCACUUUCUUUAGUGAUGGCCGUACCGCGCCCAUCACUCCUCACUCAAUGGUGUUUCUGGUUACUCGGAACAAUGGAUCCUUCGAUGACUGGUCAUUUGUAAAGAACGUAAGUACGAUCCCUGACGAUCCCAGCCGGAACGACGAAUGGACUAGGUGGAAAAUUGGUAACGGCAUCAAUCUAGAAGCAUCGCUGUGCUUCUCUGAGUUCUUAUGGGAGAUGUCUCACGUGGAUAUGUCAGCUCCUCAUGAUACAAUCGAGCCUACCGUCCCCUUUGACCCAAAGCUUCGGACCGUAGAUACGACCGCUGUUCGCACGUUGCUUGGCGUGAAUUCCCAGUUGCCCACUCCAUCAGACCGACAACUACUUACAGUUAACUCAAUCGCUAAUACAACAAUGGACUCAAGGCUCCUCUACUAUUUGGACGGUGCGAUCAACUCGGGAAUAUUUGGUAUCCCAGACCCUCCCUCAGGCACGACGAUCAACGGGGAUGGUGCCAGUUUCGGAUUGUCGAGCAUCAAUCCUUUUCUAGAUUAUGCUCUUGUAUUCCAGGACACUUUAAACGAUACUAAUCGCCCUGCACAGGCUAUCCAAGCAAUGUUCACAAUAAUGGCGAUGUCGAUGCACUAUGCUCAGCUAGCUAUGCUUGACGUCCCAGAAGAUGUUAGCAUAACCACGGCCAUCCCAGUAACCGUACCUGUGAGAUGGACGGGCCUCGGAUUAGUUGCGGGUAUCGUAUGCGCCAAUACCAUAAGCAUUAUUGCGAUUACAUCUUUAUUUCUAUUACGAACCAGGUUUUCAAAGCAGGGCCAGUUCUGGCAUACAAUCUCUCAGCUUAUCUCGAAGGAAACAAUAGACAUCUUACAAGCUAGCCCCGAGUCCAGAGAUGAUGAUGUCGUGAGGAAAGUACCGAGAAGUGAUCCGAUAGUUAUCAUCGCGCGAUCUAAGAAAACCGGAAGGGUUCAAGUUCUUCAGAAAGAUGGUGUCGAGAAAGGAAGAGUUUAG